UUUGAUAAAGAUGGCGCUGAAUUUGUUUUUUCCUGCUGUACUGCUUUUAUUUUCCUUUACAGUCAUAAAUACUAAUAGCAUUGAUGGGUGUAUUGUAGGGGGAACAGAAUGUUUUGAAUUUAAUGUAUUAAAAGAUCGAACAGUUGACCAUGUUUCGGUGAAAAGUGAAUAUGAUGAUGAUGACGAGCCUUAUUAUUGGAAGAUUUACUGCUUUAAAGGACUUUCAGAGUCGGUCAUUUUCUUGUGGGUGAAUCCUGUGAUGAAACUUAAUUUUAGUCAUGUACCAAGUCAUUUUAAGACAGUCCGGGGAAAAACUGUACAGGAAGUCAAAGAUCAAAGAGAUUCCUUCAGCCCGGUAUACAGUGUCCUCCAAAAGUUGAGACUGGUUGUUCAGAGAGAGGUGGAAGAAGUACCAUUUAUUGCUUUUAACCAGAGCUGUAUUGGUGUCCAGUCAGACACACCAUUCACUGUCAAAUUUUUAAUCAAAAAUUUGGAACCCUGGCUUUUGGCCUCUCUAGGAUUUGGAAUUAUCCUCUUCUUAUCAGCAGGAAGUUGGAGUCACAAUGUGAAGCUGCACUACGGUUUUGGUGUCGGGGUUGGAGUGAUGGCGUCCCUCCUCGUGAUAGCGUUUGUGAUGAGCAGGAUGUUUCCUCAGAGCCUUAGGAAACUUGGUUAUGUACUGAUGGCAAUAGGAUGUUCUACCUACAUGUACUUAUGGACGUACAUUGUACAACAUUUUUACGAGACCUCCUCCAGUUUGUUUGGCAUGUAUUGGCAAUGGAUUGUGGGAUACGUCCUAGUCUCAGCCCUCGUCAGUUUCGCCCUCUGUUAUCGCUACGGUCCAGUGACUGAGCCUAGGACACUGAAUCUGAUCAAGUGGUGUUUACAGUUGAUUUCGUUGGUAUUCAUCUACAAUGGUACACAGAUCCGAGAGGCAUCUGUAGCCAUUAUUGUGACUUUGAUUACUUUGUAUAACCUUCCUGCUGGAUUAUUUGACAACAGGUUUACUAGAUAUAUUAGGUACAGACUUUUCAAACCCAAGAUCAAGCUCCUGACUGAACAAGAAUACCAGCAACAGGGCUUUGAGGAGACAAAGAAAGCCCUUGAGGAACUCAGGAGUUUCUGUCAGAGUCCUGAUUGUAACAAGUGGAAGACCAUCAGCUCACUCAGUAACCCUCGCAGAUUUGCUGAUUUUGUGGAGGGUCGAUCCUGGCACGUGACAGACGAUGAAUUGCUGGAAUAUGACAGCGGACCAGACGUGACUCCCGCGACGGACGAAGACAGUGACCAGGAAAUACAGAAUGCAGAAAACAGCCAACCAGACGCAGAAAACAGCUCACCAGACUCAUCUCAGGGACCCAUCCCCGAGAUAGACUCAGAGGAGGAGGAUCGAGCGGGAGGCAACACGUCCGACCAGAGCAUAGACGGCCCUCCAUUGUCCUGAUAUGGUUCUACUCAGUAAUUUAGAUUUAAGAACAAAUUGUUAGAAUCAAGUGUGUUGUGAAAGGCAAAAGUUGCAGAUUUAUCCUGUAAAAAUACUCAUGCAUAAUUAUGGAGAACAUGACAAAGUUUAUUGUAAUAUGACUAGAAUAAUAAGCUAUAGUAUGAAUUGAGUAUGUUGAAAGUUGAAACAUUGACUGUGUUUGUGAGUUGUAGUUUGGACAUGUUUGGUCAUAACUGCAGAUUGUAUGGGAAAUGAAUAUUUCCAUUAACUUUUGAUUGCUUAGUGUGUAUAGAAGAUUUCGAAAUGAAAUAAGUUUGUGUAUUUAGAGUGAACAUCUUCCUUUGAUAUGAUUGGGAAUUGAUUAUGAAACGUUUGAAUAUUUUGUAUGGGGACUUCAAUUUAAUGUUAUUUUUAUUAAUUUUUUGAAUUCACUUACCUGUAUAUGGUAAGUCAAUUUUCUCAUGGACAAAAAUUUAGAUAUACAUGUAUCAGAACAACAAUUUUCCUAAAUUUGAAUGAGAUGGAGAUCAUGAGAAACUAAACUGCAUGCAUGCUGUCAGGAAUUGAAGUGAAAAUAAGAAAGUGCUUACUCAUAAGUAUUAUGUGUUCCAGUUUUGUUUUUUGCCUAAACAGAGUCAUGUCAGAGUGAGCUUUUUCAUGAUCACUGAUUGCCCAUUGUAAAUAUUUAACAUAAUCUUUUGAGAGAGGCAAAGCCAUUAUAUAAAGCAUAUCAUUCUGUUAUUUUAAGUAGCCUUUUGCAGUGUAGAUUCAGUUUGAUCAUGAGAUUAGGAUUGUAAAGAAAAAAAAACAUUCUAAAGAAAAAAUAAUUAUUAAAAGUAAGGGGUGGGUUCAGAAUGCAAAUACCAAGGUACAUAAGAAUUUACAAGAAAUCUGCAAACUCAGAGAAAUCAGGGUAAAAUGCAAGUUAUAUAUAUCUAUGUGGAAAGCAGAUUCAUGAACAAUAAAAAAGGUAACAAUUUAUAUAAAGUUAACAUUAUAAGUUAGAUUUGUUGAAAUCAUAUUGGCUUCAAUUUAAGGGGGAAAUAAAUUUUGGUUGUAUUAUUAUUUUUUUUUAAUUUAUUCUCAAAAAGAAGAUGUUCAGUCAGGUAUGCAGUGUUGCCCACGGAUUCUAGUUUGUCCAAAUACCAAAUUUAAAGUUUUAAUUUGAAGAUUUGUAAAGCUUUAAAUAAGGUUAUUAAAUACACUGUAAUGCAAUUUUUCCCGGUUCUCUUAGAAUUCUAGAUUAUACUGUACGUACUGUAUAAAUUGUAUCAGUUGAUGAUCCUUUUUUAAUUUUCGUCUAUAAUGCAAUCGGCAUUUGAACAUAUAAGUAUACAUGUAUAAAUGAUAUACUAGUAGUUCAUCUGUUUGAAAAAAAAAAGAACUGUAGGUAUUGCAUAUUAAAAACCAUUGUACAUAUGUAAAUAAAACGAUUUUAUAUCAUUAAAAAAA